AUGGCCUGCCCGUCGCUCUUACGCUCUGCCACGUCGUUGUUUCACGGUCAAUUCCCAGUUGUUGUGUCACCUCCACCUUUACGACUGUCGUACGGAAACCCUAGAAAUGGGGGCGGAUUGGUGAUGCCGGUGAAGGCCUCGGCGGUAGUUCUGGUGGAGAAGUCAGAGGCAGAGAAGGUCAGUCGGCUCAAGACUACUUACCUUGAAAAAAUCGUUCCUCAGCUCAAAGAAGAGUUUUCCUACACGAACAUCCACCAGGUUCCGAAGAUUGAGAAGGUUGUUGUGAACUGCGGUAUUGGAGAUGCUCAACAGAAUGCUAAGGGAUUGGAAGCAGCAAUGAAUGACUUGGCGCUCAUUACCGGGCAGAGACCCGUAAAGACACGAGCAAAGGUUUCCCUUGCUACCUUCAAGAUCAGGGAAGGCCAGCCACUUGGGAUUGCUGUCACACUUAGAGGAAAUGUGAUGUACUCAUUCCUUGAUCGGCUGAUUAACUUGGGACUUCCUAGGACAAGGGAUUUCCAAGGUCUAAACCCAAAUAGUUUUGAUGGAAACGGAAACUAUGCCGUUGGCAUUAAGGAACAGAGUGUGUUCCCGGAGAUCCGGUUUGAUCUUGGUAAGGGCAGGGGAAUGGAUGUUUGCAUUAGAACAACUGCUAAAACAGAUAAAGAAGCUCAGACGCUUUUGGCUCUGAUGGGGAUGCCAUUCAGAGAGACCGGCCCUGUUAGUGCCGUGCGCAAGAAGAAGCUCAAGUCUCACCAUUUCAGUUCAAAGGGAAGAGGACGAAGAUGA